AUGUCGAGUUCAAAUCAAGGUCAAAGGUCUUCAUCUAGUACGAUACAAUUGACAGAAAAAGUUAUAUCGUCUUUCAGACCUGCUAAGAAAUUCGAUUAUCAUCAAGGUGCGUCUAUAACUUCACUUGAUUUUGAUGAAACUGGUCAAUACUUGAUAUCGGCUGGAAUAGAUAAGUCUAUACAAUUAUAUGACACUCAUAAGGGAACUCAUCAUAAAGAUAUUAAGUCCCAGAAGUAUGGAGCUCAUUUGGCUCGAUUUACCCAUCAUGAAUUGAAUUGUUUAUAUGCAUCAACUCCAUCUUUGGAAGAUGAAGCUAACCAUGCCAUCCGUUACUUAUCAUUGGCAGAUAAUCAGUAUAUACGAUACUUUAAGGGUCAUAAGGAACAAGUUACUUCUAUAGAGGUUCAUCCUAUCAGUGAUACAUUUCUCAGUUCUAGUUUGGAUCAUACUGUUAAAUAUUGGGAUUUGAGAUCAAGUUCACCUGUAGGGAAUAUAGUAGUUGGACAAUCUUCCAUUAUAGCAUUUGAUCCAUGGGGAAUGAUAUUUGUGGUAGGAAGAUACCCUGAUCCAAAUAGCUCUUCCAAAACUGGUACGGUUUCAUUUUAUGAUGUUAAGACUCUCGAUAAAGCACCAUUUUUACAAGCCAAUGUGGAAAUAUUACCUAAACAAAAGUGGACCAAGAUUGAAUUCUCAAAUAAUGGUAAAUUGGUCCUCAUAGUUACAGAUUCUCCUGUCCAUUAUAUUUUAGAUUCAUUUCUGGGACAAUUAAUAACUACACUUCAAUUGGAUCCAAAAUCAGAAGAAUCAUUUAAUGGUGAUUGGUUUUCAUUCGAAUAUCCUUCUAGUGGAUCAGCUACAUUUUCACCAUGUGGUAAGUUCGUUUUAGCUGGUACACCACAAUCAACAGUUCAAGUAUUUAAUCUCACAGAUUUGAAAUCAACAGAUGGAAAAUCACAUCAUAUUCUGCCAUAUGACAAUCCAAAGAUAUUACGUCCUUUAACAAAGAUCCCAAGUCCACGAGGUCUUCCUAAAAUCCUAGCAUUCAACCCCAAACUUCUUAACGUAGCUACCGCUGAUACAACUGUGUCUUUAUGGCUUCCUAAUUUAUAG